UUUAUUAUAGAAAUAUAAAAAGAAAUAAGAGGAAGAACAAACCGUCUAUAUAAAUAGAGAGAGGGAGGGGGAGAGAGGUGUUGAGCCUAAGUAAAUCACGUCGUCUGGGAGACCGAUACAGGUGAUUCGAAUUGCUUGGUCAACGCAAAAUGGGAGGAGGAUUUAGAGUGCUUCAUCUGGUUCGCCCGUUUCUCGCGUUCUUGCCUGAGGUUCAGAGCGCAGACCGAAAAGUUCCAUUCAGAGAGAAGGUUAUAUACACUGUGAUAUCUCUGUUCAUUUUCCUGGUCUGCAGUCAGCUGCCAUUGUAUGGCAUACACUCCACCACAGGUGCGGAUCCAUUUUAUUGGAUGCGUGUUAUUCUCGCCUCGAACAGGGGUACAGUUAUGGAACUUGGAAUUACACCUAUUGUGACAUCUGGAAUGGUCAUGCAACUUUUGGUGGGUUCAAAGAUCAUUGAAGUUGACAACAAUGUGCGGGAAGAUCGUGCCCUUCUAAAUGGUGCACAAAAGUUGUUAGGCAUAUUGAUAGCUGUUGGUGAGGCUGUUGCAUAUGUUCUUUCGGGAAUGUAUGGCAGUGUAAGCCAACUUGGAGUUGGAAAUGCUAUCCUUAUAAUUCUGCAACUCUGCUUUGCUGGCAUCAUUGUUAUUUGCCUGGACGAGCUUCUCCAGAAAGGAUAUGGUCUCGGAUCCGGUAUUUCACUAUUUAUUGCCACCAAUAUUUGUGAGAAUAUCAUCUGGAAAGCGUUCAGUCCGACUACCAUUAACAGUGGCCGUGGAGCUGAAUUUGAAGGAGCUGUUAUUGCCUUGUUUCAUCUGUUAAUAACCCGUACAGAUAAGGUUCGAGCUCUGCGAGAGGCAUUUUACCGGCAGAAUCUUCCUAACGUGACAAACUUGCUCGCCACUGUCUUGGUCUUCCUUAUUGUUAUCUACUUCCAAGGCUUCCGUGUUGUUCUGCCUGUGAGAUCAAAGAAUGCCCGUGGCCAACAGGGUUCAUAUCCGAUUAAGCUGUUCUAUACUUCGAAUAUGCCCAUCAUUUUACAGUCUGCACUUGUAUCCAACCUUUACUUUAUAUCCCAGUUGCUUUAUAGGAAAUACAGUGGAAAUUUCCUAGUCAAUCUUUUGGGAAAGUGGAAGGAAUCUGAAUACUCGGGUCAAUCCGUCCCUGUUGGUGGUCUUGCUUAUUAUAUAACAGCACCAUCGAGCUUGUCAGAUAUCGUUGCCAAUCCAUUCCACGGACUGUUUUAUAUAGUGUUUAUGCUAUCAGCAUGUGCUUUAUUUUCAAAAACAUGGAUUGAGGUCUCAGGAUCCUCAGCUAAGGAUGUGGCUAAGCAGCUGAAGGAACAACAAAUGGUGAUGCCCGGCCACCGGGAAUCAAAUCUGCAGAAGGAGCUGAACCGUUACAUCCCUACUGCAGCAGCGUUUGGGGGGAUCUGCAUCGGCGCGCUGACAGUGUUGGCUGAUCUGAUGGGCGCAAUCGGUUCGGGGACAGGGAUUCUACUGGCGGUCACAAUCAUUUACCAGUACUUUGAGACAUUCGAGAAGGAAAAGGCCUCGGAGCUCGGCUUCUUCGGGUUCUAAGUUAGACACUUGAACUGUGAUGGACUUAAUUAGUUUGUUGUUGUCUAGACAAUUUUCAGUUUUGGUAAAGCAAGUGAAGAGGAAUUCCUAUGAAUUAAUUAUAUAUGCUCCACAGAGAUUCCCAACACUUCA